AUGUCAAACAGUGUGAAGAGUUUUACAGUGGGAAUUAAUCCCAUAUCCAAAAGCGACGUUUUCACCAGUGGCGAUUCGCUCACAGGACAGAUCAAUCUGGAGGUGUCUGGCGACUGCAAAAUAAAUGCACUCGUCGUGAAGCUGAAGGGAAAAGCAGAAGUGAAAUGGACCGAACAUUAUGGAAAAACCACCGUAACGUACCACAACAAAGAGAAGUACUUCAGCAUCAAACAAUCUCUCUUUCAGGAAGGUCGCGGUGAGUGCAGCACUGUCGGCCCAGGCUGCCAUGUCUACCCAUUCAUCUUUCAGAUUCCAGCACAAGAGCUGCCAUCCUCCUUCAAAGCCUCCCACGGAAAAAUCGUGUACACGGUGGAGGUGAUCCUCAGCCGGCCCAUGAAAUUGGACAGUAAAGCUAAGGCUCAGUUCACCCUCAUACACAAAGGAAACCCACACAGUGAGGCGUUGCUGAGGAUCCCACAGCACAGUAUCAUCGAUAAGAAACUGAAGUUCUUCACAUCAGGAACAGUGGGCAUGGAUGUAAAUAUUGCACAGACAGGCUUCCGCCAAGGUGAAGGCAUCAAAGUUGUGGCCUACAUUCAGAACAAGUCAUCUCGUGACAUUAGGCCCAAGUACUGCUUGUACAGGAAGUACAGCUACUUUGCAAAAACGAAGAGGCGAGUCGAAACCAAAGACAUCCUGAAAGAAGUGGGCGAAGCCAUUCCACCUUCGGCAGGUCAGAAUGUCACCAGGAUCAUCACCAUCCCUGCCACCACGUGUGCGUCCAUCUUGAACUGCAGCAUCAUCAAAGCUGAGUACAGACUCAGGGUCUAUCUGGAUGUUAAAUAUGCUACGGACCCCCAGAUCAAGUUCCCUAUAGUCAUCCUGCCUGCUUCACAGGGGCCUGAUGAUGAGAGGCCGCCCCCUGCAUAUGGAUUAGAUGGGUAUGCAAACUCAAGCGAAGGGACCAAUUUCCUACAAAACCCAACUGCCUUGGAACCAUCUGCUCCACCUCCAUCCUAUGGCACAUAUGCAAUGUACCCCUCAUUGACUGGUGCUGUUGGGAAGUACUAG